AUGUUAGCGCCAUCCUAUAAAAGGACCACUCUCUGCCAGCCGCUAAGCAUUGAGAUUGAAGAUUUCGGGAAAGUCUUUACAGCCCCCAACAUUUACCAUUUUAUUGCAUUUUCAUCCCUUCGUGAAUCAUUUCGAACCCUAAUGGCCGUGUCUAGCUGCGCCAGGGUUUUUCCGUCCUUCGAAUGCCGUUCAGAUCCGGAUUUCUCUCGUCCUGAGAUCCCUUCCUAUGGCGAAAAAAGCAAUUUUUUUAGCGGGAAGGCAGCGGCGGCGGGGUACGGCCUUUCUUCUCUGAUCUUCAGAUUCCCGCCGAACUUCGUGCGACAGCUGAGCAACAAGGCUAGAAGGAACUGUAGCAACAUCGGCGUCGCUCAAGUGGUGGCGGCUUCGUGGUCGAAUAACCAGCAGACAUCAGGACUCACGCCGGCGGCUAAGGCCGUCGAUGCAGCCGCCUCUGCCGCCAUGGCGCCAGUUGAGGUUGAAACCGGCGUCGAGGAGGUGGUCGCUGCGGUGAAGAACUCCUGUUGUAAUGGCGAAAAUGUACAGUUAGAGGACUCGCCUCAUGUGAAAUAUGCUUCUUUUUUGAAUUCUGAUGGCAGCAUCGCUAUUCAUGCCGGUGAAAGAUUGGGCCGCGGUAUUGUUACUGAUGCAAUAACUACCCCGGUAGUUAACACGUCUGCUUAUUUCUUCAAAAAAACUUCUGAGCUAAUUGAUUUCAAGGAAAAAAGACGUGCAAGUUUCGAAUAUGGGCGCUAUGGUAAUCCUACUACUAUUGUUGCGGAGGAGAAGAUAAGUGCGCUUGAGGGAGCUGAAUCGACACUGUUGAUGGCAUCUGGAAUGUGUGCUAGCACUGUCAUGUUGUUGGCACUGGUUCCUGCUGGUGGGCACAUUGUGACAACCACUGACUGCUACAGGAAGACUAGGAUAUUUAUUGAGACUAUUCUGCCCAAAAUGGGAAUCACGGCCACGGUCAUUGACCCUGCAGAUAUUGGAGCUCUGGAGACUGCAUUAGAGAAGAACAAAGUGACACUUUUCUUUACCGAGUCUCCAACCAAUCCAUUCCUGAGGUGCGUUGACAUUGAGCGGGUUUCAAAGCUUUGUCAUGAAAAAGGAGCUCUGGUGGUCAUUGAUGGGACAUUUGCAACACCUCUCAACCAGAAGGCAUUGGCCCUCGGUGCUGAUAUUGUUUUGCACUCUGCAACUAAAUAUAUUGCGGGUCACAAUGAUGUUCUAGCUGGUAGCAUCAGUGGUUCUGACAAGCUCAUUUCAGUGGUUCGUAAUUUGCAUCAUAUACUGGGUGGUGCUCUCAAUCCUAAUGCCGCAUAUCUGAUCAUUAGAGGCAUGAAGACGCUGCAUCUUCGUAUACAGCAACAAAACUCUACAGCAUUAAGGAUGGCCGAGAUUUUAGAGGCACAUCCAAAGAUUAGGCAUGUCUAUUAUCCAGGCUUGACAAGUCAUCCAGAACAUUACAUCGCAAAGAAGCAAAUGAAUGGUUUUGGUGGUGUGGUUAGCUUUGAGGUUGACGGAGAUCUCCUGAGAACUGCAAAAUUUGUUGAUGCACUGCAGAUUCCGUACAUAGCUCCAUCCUUUGGAGGAUGUGAAAGCAUUGUUGAUCAACCAGCAAUCAUGUCUUACUGGGAUCUUUCCCAGUCGGAUAGAGCCAAGUAUGGGAUCAUGGACAACUUGGUGCGCUUCAGUUUUGGAGUUGAAGACUUUGAAGACUUGAAGGCUGACAUUCUUCAGGCUCUGGAUAUUAUAUAG